GGAGAAGAAACUUCAAAAUGGCGUCUGGAUCUCUACCAAAUGCUGUGACACGUUUCUACGAACAGCAGAAGCAGCAACAACAACAACAUCAAGAUCGUCAACAACUGAGACGAGAAGAGGGGAAUGCUUUUAUUCCCAGAACAGCUACAGCUAGCAGCUUACAACAAACUUGGUUGCUGCAGCAACAACAACAACAACUUCAGCAACAACAACUUCAGCAACAACAACAGCAACUUGAUGAACAACAAGAAGAUGGCAACAAUAAUGCAGCUUUUCAGGAAGAAAGCUCCUACAACAGCGUCGAAACCGACCACUUGAUAGAGAGCAACUUGAGAUAUGUUGAGCAAUUACGCAGAGAGGCCCAAAAUGUUGUCGAUGGUGAAACUCUGCUGCAACAACAACGACACCAAUCUCAACAACAAACUGCUGUAGCACCAAAUAAUCUUUUUACAAGAGUAAGAGCAUCAGUGGUAGAUCCUGAAGUAUUAAUCGAACUAGUACGGCAAUAUCCAUGUUUAUGGAAUACAAAGCUGAACGUGUACCGUGACCAAAUUAAAAAGAAAAAAGCCUGGGAGAUAAUUUCAGCAUCGUUAAAUGGAGCUUUUACAGUUGAUGUUUUGAAGAACAAGUGGAAACUUAUUCGAGACAGUUAUAGCCGUUGUAUGCAUAAACGAGAAGAACAAACGAGAUCCGGUGCAGCUGUAUCAAAGCUCGCAAAAUGUAGAAAUUUUGAGGCUCUUAGUUUUCUCAGAAGUGCAGUGUCAUCAAACGAAAGUGAUAGUAAUGUGGAUGAUUCUUUAGCCAGCCCAGAGAUGUCACUUCCAAUCUCACAGCAUUCAAAUAGACAGUCAAUUGAUGAUUCUUUAACUAGUCCAGAGGUGUCGAAAAGAAGGUCAAUUGAAUCGGAUGAUGAUGAAACUUCUUCGAUAACAUCCAGAACAUCAUCACGAACUGAACCGUAUUACAAGCCAACAUCCACUGCAACAAAACGAAAGAAAAAAUUGGCCUCAGAUGUCGAUGUGAUGUUGAUCAAUUCUUUGAAAGAUGUCAGUGCUGUGUGCAGCAACAUCAGUAAACCUGUCGAACCAACACCAACCAAUGUCAGAGAAGAAAAAAAUGAUGCUGAUCAUUUGUUUUGCAUGAGUUUGAUUCCUGUUUUGAAAAGUCUCCCAGCUGUGAAAAACAGACAAGCAAGAUUGAAAAUUCAAGAGGUUCUUUUCAAAAUAGAGUUUGGGGAAGACCUACAGAUGUAGAUUUUGAACUAAAAUGAGUCAAUGUUUGGAAGUACCACCAUUUCGGUUUAAAUUUAAAAAAAAGUAACUUAAAAUCCAUGCAUGAAAUUGUGGCACUCCCAAAUUUUUACAAACCUUAGUUUUAACUUCAGGGGAACUAUCCCUUUGCAUUCUUUGCACAUAAAAAGCUGUCUUCGACUGUUCUAAAACAUGAUUAGUUGUAUAUAUAAAUAAAGGUGGUCAACUAUGAAGUUGUACUUCUGAAAAUUAAUGAGUAUGUGCCAAUGUGUAAUUUCUUUUUUUGAUUUUGAGCAAGCUCAAUCUUCCAUAUUUCGUGACCUGCAGAAAAGUAGGUCAGUUUGACUUUGUAGUCAAGAAAUUUUGAAAGUCCUGAGUACCAAUAGGUUCAAUUCAAGUAGGUAGUGUAAGUUCAACGGACUUUCAAAACAAAAUUAGGUUCGCCGUCUGAAAUCGAACAUUACAACGCUUUUUUUGCACUGGGCUACUCAGGUACAAGGACAAUACACACACAGACAUACGCAAAAAAACAGCUUUUAAAUGAAUUUUUUUUUCUUCAUAUUUUGCAACUCACACAAAUGUUAUAUAUUAUAUACCAGUAUAUAUUAAUUUACUAUAGCUGUAUAUUGUAUUCAUGUUCAAUAUUCUUCAUCGAAA